UUACAACCUCCAAGUUUUUCUUCAACUCAUAAAGGCAAGGUUUGCAAGUUGAAUAAAGCUAUCUAUGGACUAAAGCAAGUACCUAGGUCAUGGUUUCAAAAGCUAAAUACAACUCUCUUUCAUUUUGGCUUCUGAGCAGCGAAGAGCAAUACCUCUUUAUUUUUCAAGAUUACCCCUACUUCUACUAUACUCAUCCUUAUCUAUGUAGAUGACAUAUUAAUUAUUGGUUGUUCACAGUAAGAAGUUCAAUUCUUAUUUCAAAGCUCAAUUCUACAUUUAAACUUUAUAUAUUGUUUAGGGAUUAAAAAAAUCACUCCAAUACUUGCACACUUUCUUCCACUCUAUAUAAGGCUUAUCAAUUAUCAUACCAUUGAGGAUUAAAAAAUUCACUAUUUUCUCACACCUUAUAGUUUUACAUAAUUGUUUGACCUCAGAUUCACCACUCCACCAUCUCUAUGGCAAAAUCCAAAAGCCUCACAUUUGUUUUCACCAUCAUUCUCACGCUUCUCUUCUCAUUGGCCACCGCAAAAUCCCCUCGUUUCUACCGAACCAUAUCUCCAACAUCUCUGGGCCUCCACAAGGAGAAACUAAGCCACCUUCAUUUCUACCUCCACGACGUUGUCAGCAGCCCAAACCCCACGGAGGGAAAGUAUAAUGGCAGCACACUGAGCAUGUUAGGGCGGAACACGGUGUUCUCCGCCGUGAGAGAAAUGCCAAUAGUUGGAGGAAGCGGGGCUUUCCGGUUCGCACGUGGGUAUGCUGAGGCCAAGACUCACACGUUGGAUCUCAAGACAAGGGAUGCUGUUGUCGAGUACAACGUCUACGUUUUCCAUUAUUAGCGAGUGCGUGAUCGAUAUAGCAUCCUUCUAAAAACCAAUAUAUGAUAUUCUUGUCUUUACUUU